GUCCCCAUUUUCCGUCCAUCUUUCCCCCGUCUUCAUCAAUUCCCUAGAUUAAAGAAACACUUUAAAAGCUAGCUGAUGCGAUGUCUGUUCUCAAACGGUGGCGGCACCGACCUCGCCGACCUCGCGAAGAUCUCGAAAUACCACCAAAUGGGCAGACACAGCAAUCUCCAAAGCAAUCUCCAAUAAUUCGCACUCAAAGGAGCGAACCAUGGACCCGCUACUAGCAGCGCAAGUCUACAAUGCCAAAUACAGCCGUCUCUGCAGCCUGCCGGAGGAGCUGCUGCUUGCUAUACUCCAUCAUCUCAAGGACGACCCUGUCUCUCUGUGUUGCCUCGCCCACGUCUCGAGGACACUCCGGCGUCUUGCGGCGAUGGAGAUUGGUUGGUGGACGUUCCGUAAGUUCUCCAUCAAUCAGCAGCUCCAACUUCGGCAACUCCUGCGAAAAGACAAAACGUGCGAUAUGUGCAGAGAUUGGCGCGAUUGGCGCGACGACUAUAAGCUCGAAAAUAAGUUCAACAGGCAACCCUUUCGCUACAAGUUCAGGCCUUGGGCUGGUAGGCCACGCAGAAACGGACCGUAUUGCUGCGCUCCCUGCCACACCGACCACAGCAUCGGACAACUUACUGACCGGGGCAGCCCAGGGCAGUGUAUAGGUCGCCGAGGAGGUGUGCAGUUAUGCGAGCACGUCUCGAUCUCCUGGACCACCAUCGAACGUCAUAUCCUCGAAUGGCGGAAGCGUAAGCCCUCGGGUCCGGGAUCCUAAAUCGCCAGUUUUAACAUCUCAUGUGAUCAUCGGAGCCACGAUAUGCGCUGCACGAGGCUUUCACCCCCAACCCAGCCCAGUGCCCAUCUUCUAAUCUUGUCGCGUAAUAUGAUAUACCUCGUUUU